AUGGCUGUCCGCGCCCAAUUCGAGAAUUCAAACGAAGUCGGCGUCUUCGCCCGCCUAACAAACUCCUAUGCCAUCGUCGCAGUCGGCGCCUCGGAGAACUUCUACUCCGUCUUCGAAUCCGAACUCCAAGACGUCAUCCCAAUCUGCCACGCUACUAUCGCCGGCACCCGCAUCGUCGGCCGUCUGACAGUCGGCAACAAGAACGGUCUGCUAGUGCCCACAACGACUACGGACCAGGAGCUACAGCAUUUGCGGAAUACCCUCCCCGAUGCGGUCAAGAUCCAGCGGAUAGAGGAGAGACUGAGUGCGCUGGGGAAUGUCAUUUGCUGUAACGAUCACGUUGCCCUCGUGCAUCCUGAUUUGGAGAGGGAGACGGAGGAGAUUAUCGCCGACGUCCUCGGCGUCGAAGUCUUCCGCCAAACAGUCGCCGACAACGUCCUGACAGGCUCGUACAUGGCACUCUCCAACCAAGGCGGUCUCGUGCACCCGAAAACCUCCAUCCGCGACCAGGACGAGCUCUCCUCGCUCCUGCAGGUUCCCCUCGUCGCUGGUUCCGUGAACCGCGGCUCGCCCGUCGUCGGCGCUGGUAUGGUCGUUAAUGACUGGCUGGCUGUGACGGGUCUGGACACGACGGCUACCGAGCUGAGUGUUGUGGAGAGCGUUUUCCGUCUCGGUGAGAUGGCGCCUGGUGGUACCGGUGCGGGUGUUAAUAAGGAGAGUAUUGUGGAGAGUUUCUACUAG